AUGAGUGGAUGUCCGUUCUUUGAGAAGAGGCAUCUGUUGUUUAAGAAAACGUCCUUGCAGGAGGAGCAGGACGCGGAGAAGGAUGUGUCUCAGGAGGGAGUCAACAAGGCCAGUAAAGGAGGAAUCAUCUACGGAGAAUACCUACAGCUAGACAAGGUGGUGGGAGCCCAGGUUCUUCAGAGUGAACUGAAGGGAAAUAAAAUCCAUGAUGAGCAUCUCUUCAUUGUUACACACCAAGCGUACGAGUUGUGGUUCAAGCAGAUCCUGUGGGAGCUGGACUCUGUGAGGGAGAUCUUCAUCAGCGGACACGUGCGUGAUGAGCGCAACAUGCUGAAGGUCAACACCAGGGUCCACAGGAUGGUGAUGAUCUUCAAGCUGCUGGUGGACCAGUUCUCCGUCUUGGAGACCAUGACGGCCCUGGACUUCUACGACUUCAGGGACUACCUGGCUCCGGCAUCAGGAUUCCAGAGUCUGCAGUUCCGUCUGCUGGAGAACAAGAUCGGGGUUCCUGACAACCUCCGGGUCCCCUACAACCGGCGCCACUACAGGGACAACUUCAAGGGCCAUGAGAAUGAGCAGCUGGUGGCCAGCGAACGCCAGCCCACGCUGCUCAAGCUGGUGGAGGAGUGGCUGGAGAGAACCCCAGGACUGGAUGCGGACGGCUUCAACUUCUGGGGUCAACUGGAGGAGAACAUCUUCAGAGGCCUGGCCCAGGAGAAGGAGAAGAUAGAGGGGAUGGCUGAUUCUGAAGACAAAGAGGAGAUGAUGGCCGAGUUUGUCAAGCAGAAGGAGGUCUUCACCUCCUUGUUCGAGGAGAAACGCCACGACCACCUCCUCAGUAAAGGUGAACGCAGGUUGUCCUACAAGGCCCUGAAGGGAGCUCUGAUGAUCUACUUCUACAGGGAGGAGCCGCGGUUCCAGGUCCCCUUCCAGCUCCUGACCUCCCUGAUGGACAUCGACACCCUGAUGACUAAGUGGAGAUAUAACCACGUGUGUAUGGUCCAUCGGAUGAUCGGCAGCAAAGCAGGAACCGGAGGAUCGUCUGGGUACCACUACCUGAGAUCGACUGUCAGUGACCGCUACAAAGUGUUUGUCGACCUCUUCAACCUGGCCACCUUCCUGAUCCCGCGACACUGGGUUCCUAAGCUGAACCCCAACGUCCACACCUUCCUGUACACGGCCGAAUACUACGACAGCUCGUACUGCAGCAGCGAGGACUCUGAUCAGUUGUCGGAGGACAGCUGAUCCUCCUCAGAAACGCAUCAGACUGCACCGUACCGGACGUGUCCACAAGGGGCUGGCCAGGCCCGCAUUAACCUGCCAUUGGGCCCUGGGGCUGAGAGGUUUCGUAGGUCCCCUGAGAGGGGAUCUUACAAUGAGGAUAUGUAAAUUAUUUUUUACAUACCGACAUUUUGCCGUUUGUCCUUUUCAACACAUUGAAAAUGUGUUGAAAAGGAAGAUUUGUUUUUUGGAAAUAAUGGUUGGACAGUCAAUCAAAUGUGCUUCUGAAAAGGUAUCUCAACCUGCAGAAAAUGCAGAGUUCAGAUUUCACCAGAAACUAAAAGCAUGAAACAGUCCCCACUCGACCCCACAGAGAAGGACCGCAUGUGGAGCUCUGUGACUGACCAAUCACACGGCCUCUGAGCAGAGACCCCUCCCACUGUCAAUCACCAUUUCAUCACAGAGACAGAGAGAGAGCGAGCAAGAGCGAGAGGGACAGGGAGAGCAGAGAGAGAGAGAAGAGAGAGAGGAGGGAAAGAGAGAGGGAAAGGAGAGAGUGGAGAGUCAACCUGCCGUAUAUUUUACAACAUGAAGUUAAUAUUCUUGUGGAACACCAAAAGAUGAACUUAAUGUUUAUCUGAUGAUAUAAAGUACACUUUGUUUACUGUUUGAAUGUUAUUAUGUAUUUAUGAAAAUAUAUAUGGAACUGCUGUGUGAGACUAACUGAUGUGAUUCUUAACUGAUUUGUUAAGAAACUAUGUGUUUUGUACAGUGUGUGAUGAACACAAACGUGUAUUAUGUUUAAACAUUCGUAUCGAGAUGCCUUAUUUAACUGUUUUAUUAACUUAAUAAAGAACAUCUUCAGAGA